CAACUAAACACCCGAUUUUGAGAACAGUACCAGUGUUCUGCAGUCCCCUCGAUGGUUACGACGUGUUAGUCACUUUCCCCACGCACUUUCGAGUCAAUUUACAAACUUUCUGGGUAGUGUGUUUCCUUGGCUGCAACAACAUACCAUUUGGUUUUCAGUGCAAAUUGUGGUAAUUAGACUAAUAGUGCAAUACAAAAUUGGAUUUACUGUUUAGAAAUAUGUCAUAUUCACUGAGAAAAAGUAACACAACGAAAUCGUAAAAUGCGUUAUAGGAGAAAGUGCGUGCACUGCGUAGUCAAAAUGUAAGGCCAAUGAUGGGAAGAAAGUUUCCCUUAAAAAAAAGCGAUAUCAAAAAGUGCUAAAAUCUCACAUUCAGUGAUUUCCUAAUGAUUCAAUCUUAAGAUUUACAUUAAUGUUAAUGGCUAAAAUUUGAUAUGAAUUGUAAUGCUUACGCUAGACUCUGUACCGAAAAACGACGAAAAAAAAAUCUUAAAGCACGCACACACUUACACACGCACUACCAUCAACUACUUAUGUUGCGGGUGGAGAGAGCUUUUGAAUAAAUCACAACCAUCAAAAGAAGAGCGACGAGAGAAGUUUCUGAGUCAUCGUUGCCAGGAGUAAUCAUUGAGGAGCAGAGAAGGCAAAAGUAGAUGUGGUAGUUUCUUCGUGGAGGAGAGGAAGAGCCAUACUCUUGGACUGUGUGUCUAAAUAUAGAUACCAAUCGAUAUUUGAGUAAAUAAAUAAAGUUUGAUCCUCCUCAUCUGCAGGAGAUAUCAGAAUAGGGAUUAGAUAUGCAAAUAGUUCUCGUACGACAAUGGCUGGUCCGCAUUUGCAACGACCUAUCAAUGUAUACGCCACGGAAAUGGCAGAAGUGUCAUCCAGGACACCCCUGCAUCAGCCCCAGGAGGGUGGAGGGGGUAGUGGUGUGACUGUUGAGGUGGCUGAAACGGCGGGAAUUGGCCGGCGUAUGGAGGAUGGUAACGACAUCACAGAUCCACCCAUAAAUGCAAUAGUCACACGGGGUUCCUCAAAGGAGGAAACUGAUGUGGAAGGAUCGACCAAACGCCGCAGAAGCAAGCAUAGACCUCUGCUUCGUCGGCUGUUCAACUAUGUAAAGAACACACUGAUAGGAACAAAGUCUUCGGCCGAUGAUCUUGAGUUAGAAGAACUUGAACUGCCACCACGAUAUAGACCUGAGUCCAUAAGUGCCCUAUGCCAAAUAACGCGAUUCAACGAGGCCGAAAUCAAGAGAAUCUACCAAGGCUUCAAGGCGGAAUGCCCCUCUGGAAUGGUUCGAGAAGACACCUUUAAGCUUAUCUACUCCCAAUUCUUCAUGCAAAGUGGCUUGGCCAAUAGUGGACCAUAUGCUCACUACGUGUUCAACACGUUAGAUCAGGACAAUAGUGGCAUCAUUAGUUUUGAGGAUUUUAUACAAACUCUGUCGAUUCUGUCUCGUGGCUCUUUAGAGGAGAAAUUGACAUGGACAUUUGCAUUGUAUGAUAUCAAUGGUGAUGGAUAUGUGACCAAAGAAGAGAUGACCGACAUCGUAACAGCGAUUUACGAUAUGGUGGAGCUAGCACCAACGGAAACGCGUGGUAUUGAAGACCGCAUAAAAACAAAGAAAAUGGAUACAAACCGAGAUGGAGUCGUUACAUUAGAGGAAUUUAUCGAUUGUUGUCGCAACGAUGAAGUUAUCUCGAAUUCGAUGACAAUUUUCGACGCUAUCGUGUUAUGACGUUAUCAAUUGAAAUGAAGGCGAUAAUAACUUCGUAUUAGAAACUAUUAUAUUAGUGAACUCUUUGAAUGUAAGGAGAAAAUUGAAAUCUACUCAAUAUUGCUAUAAUUAAAAGAAAACGUAAUAGAUAACUGGUGUAAAAAGACAAAAUGUGUUUUCCCAAUACAAAAGAAGAAAAAUAAAAACAAGUUUCAAAAUUCUUGACAAGGUUGAAAAUCUUCGAAAUUCAAAUUUAACUAACAUUACCAUACUAUGGAUUAUAUAAAACUUCUGUGAUAUUGAAAAUGACUUUAAGGACAAAAGGACAAGAUUUAAAAUUCAAUGUUGUUUGUAGAAUACUGAAAAUAUGCAUCCUUAAUCUAGGAUGAUUGUAUUUUUGGUAGUGACGAGACCACUUGUGUAUUCUUCGUGAUUGUUAUUUUAAUCGUUAGAUUUCCUGAAAAUACAAAAUGUUAUAAAUUGUAUAUGAAAGAUGAACCUCUUUUGCUGUUAUUAAAAAAAAACAAAGAACAAUGAACAUGUGUGUAGGUUAUUACAAAACGUUUUCUCUUUCAACUAUUCUGAAUACAAUAAAAUUUAAUAUCGAAGACAACUUAUAUGGUUAAAUGUAAAUCCUUCUCUCUUUCUCUCUAUUUUAAUAUAUAAAAUGAAAAAAAAAUGUCAAAAUAUAUGAAAUCUUGUUAAAUGUGAAAUUUUAUGUGUGAAAAAAAAAUUGUAGAAAAUUGUACGGAAAUAUAUAGGUUUUACAGUAUAAA